CCUGAUAUAAUUCUUUAUUUCUUAUUUUGCUUUUAUAUCUAAUCGAUUGUUCUCUACGAUUCUUUUGAAACUAUCUAACUCUGCUUCUCCUUGAGGCGCCCAUCUAUUCCCUUUCCCCCCACAUGCCAGGGAAUUCCAUUCCUAUCUAUAUAUUUUCUCAGAUACUUGUCACCUGUCAUGGAUACUCUGCAGAAAAAGUCCAAUUCAAAUCAUUCAAUAUAUAGGAAGAAGACAGCGUCAGAAACAAAACACCAGACCUCGAAAAAAAGCCAACACCUGACGCGGAACUAUUCCCAGAAACAAAGCUUAGCCGCGGAAUAGAAGGCUGGGACGGACAAGAUGACCCCAAAAACCCACAGAACUUCUCCGCAGGCAAGAAAUGGGCCUUACUCGCACUCAUCAGCACCAUGAAUCUGAUCUCCCCGCUUGCCUCGAGCAUGUUCUCGCCCGCCAUUACAUACAUGGCAGCGGAGUUCAAGGAAACCAAUGAGACGAGAUUGUCUUUUAGUGUCAGCAUUUACCUCCACAAAGCACAGUACUGGACAAAUGAGAGCCGCAAAUGGUGUCAUGACGUGGUUGUCUUGAACAUCAAAGGCCGCUGGAUUGUGCAACGAGAGAUCUACGAGAGUGUGGAUGUUGCGAGAAGCCUCGCGAUACGCGGCGCAAACUGAGCCAUGGACAUUGCACUUCUGCCUGUGGCUGUUGCAUCCGCACGCAUCGCUUUGAUUCGGGGGAGUUUACUGACAUUAAGGAUUAUUCGUUUGAUCUUAUUGCCAACAAUAGCCCCUGCAGUGUGCAGAUUAAUUUCGCAUACAUCUGGGGCCUUGGAGUGGGAGAAUAGAAGUAUCUGUGAGAUGGCGUUGGUAAGAUAGUUGCUUUUUGCUGUACGUAUGCCUUGUAUACAGAC